AUAAAAGCAGAGCGGCGACGAGAUGGGCGCUCACAAUCCUGCACACACGCAUUCAGACCAAGCGAACAGUCGCCCGCAACUCACGAUCCUAUCCCCUGACGUUUUCAACCCAAACGGACCAUGUCUACCUCCUCCCUCUCCGCGCAAGUAUCCGAGGCGAACCAAGCGUGCGACGAGCUGGACGACGCGCUCGCCUUCCUGCAGGACGCGCUCGAGGGCGUCAAGCAGGACGUCCGGCGGUUCCGGGAGAGCAUGCGCGACGUCGAGCUCCACGGUGCCGCGAGCGACCAGGGCCAGGCCGCGGAUCCGGAGGAGCUGCAGGCGCUGCGGAAGCUGAUCAGGCAGAUGGCGGCGGACAUGGUGCACACGAAGUACUGGACACGGUGGUUCGCCGGGGAGCUGGAUAUGCGGCGCAUCGCUACCCGCCGUGCGCAGAUGGGCAUGGACGGUGCAUAGGGCGGCGGCGUGGGUAUUUUGCACGCUUUUGUUUGGGGAAAAGGAAGGAAGCAUAACGGAAUGACUGCCGCCACUUACGGGUGCCAUCUAUAGGACAUCGCGCUCACUUCAGAAUCUACAUUGCGAGAGUCCCUUUCACUGAUCCGCCGGGGGUGGACAAAGCAAGAAUGAUGUGUGCGUUUUGAGGUCGUUCAUGCUUUCUGAUUUGGGUUGUCCACACCAUCACCUUGACGCCCGCAUUUCCAUCGGAUCCGUAUCCUUCAAAUGGGCUGGGUAGCAAAGUCCCUAUUCAACAAACCGU